AUAACAUCAAUUGUUACCCCACCGUUUCAAUUUAUGCUCAUUAUUGCGUUUCUCCCUUCUUUAUUUUCCCCCAAAUCCCCAAUCGAUGCGGGUGCCUCUCAUCAAUCAGUUGAUUUUGUUCAUUGGUUUUUGCUACGGGACCUUUUAAUUCAUCUCGCUGAUCCUCCCAGUGUGUGGCAAUUCGGCAAACAAUCAUGCAUUUUUUUAUUUUUCAAUUUUAGCGAAUUGUUACCCUAGCUGGCCUUCAAUCAAUCAAACCCCUAAUUUUUUGUCUCCGAAUAUUUCGUAAUUGUUGAUUCUCUAGUUCUACUUGAAAAGGCAAUGCGGGGCUAUGACAGAGAUGAACUACAGGAUUACGAUGAUUAUGAGGAUGAGGGACUGGAGGGAGGGGAAGAAUACGAAGAGGACGAAGGGGAAGAAGACGAAGAGGAAGAACCUCGAAAGCCAACAAAGGAAGAAUUGGACUACCUUGAAUUGAGGCAGAAGUUGAAAGAUUCUAUUAGAAAGCAGAUGAAGAAGGAGAAUAGUACUUCCCUUGCAGAUUCUAGUGCUAGAAAGAAGAAACUUCCUUAUGAUAAUUAUGGGUCCUUUUUUGGCCCUUCUCAACCUGUUAUUGCACAAAGAGUAAUCCAAGAGAGCAAGUCAUUGUUAGAAAACCAGCAUUUGACGCCUAGGCUUUCUAACUCACCUCACAUUAGCAAGAACACAAAUAAAGUAUCUAAUGUAGUAUCAAAGUCUUCAGCUCAUAAUCAGCGACCCAAAGUCAGUGAGCAGAAGAAAGUUAAAGCUGAGAAACUUAAGGUUAUCAGAGAUUACUCAUUUCUUUUGUCUGAUGAUGCGGAGCUUCCAGCUCCUGCAAAAGAGCCUCCAUCUCGGAAUGCAUCUGUACGCAAUUCUGAGGGAAGACCAGCUCAAGUUGCAGGGUAUAGUAAACAACCUUUGAUCAAUGGUGGUAAGCAUGUUCAUGGAAGUGGUGCAGACCGGAAAUUUGUUGCUGGGGCUAGUCAUUUACCUCCCAAAUCAGGGUUGAAUAAUAAGCUAAGCUCUACCAGUAAGUCCAGUAAGGCAUCGGCAGAUUCUAGAAAACAGCUCGGAAGCAACAUUGGGAAUGGGCCUAGCCGGCCGAUGGGGCCAAAAGGCUUACCGUCAAAGAUGCCUGUUAGUUCCAUGGGGAAUGGACCAGGCCGGCCAGGGGGGCCAAAAGGCUUAUCUUCAAAGAUGCCUGUUAGUACCUUGGGAAAUGGACCAGGCCGGCCGGUGGAGCGAAAAGGUUUACCUUCAAAGAUGCCUGUUAGUACCAUGGAGAAUAAAUCAUUUACAUCUGGUAGAAAAAACCCUAUAAAUGGUAUGCAGAAACCUCUCCCUUCAAAGGUACACUCGUCUGUUACAAAGCAGAGUCUGGAGCAAAGAAAAGACUCAAGAGAACAGAAUAAACCUAAAAUGGUAGAAAAACAACCAGUGGCAUCAUCAAAAGCUCAGAUAAAUAAGCCACUUAAACAAAUUCCAAAGCAUUCUGAUUUGCAAGAUCACCGCCCCAAGAAUAAGGUUAGGAAACGAUACCCCGAUGAGGAUGAGGAUGAGGGUGAGGGUGGAGUGGAUUAUAGCACAAUGAUCAGAUCAUUCUUUCAAUACAAUCCCAACAAUUAUGUUGACGACGAAGAUGAUGAUAAUAUGGAGGCAGGCUUUGAUGAAAUCUUGAGAGAGGAAAGGAGGAGUGCCAAAAUUGCUAGAAAGGAGGAUGAGGAGCAACUUAGGUUGAUAGAAGAGGAGGAAGAAAGAGAGCGAAGAAAACGAUUGGCCAAGUCAAAGAAGCGCGCGCAGGCUUGAUGAGUAACCAUCUAAACACCAAAUACCAUACUUUGGUUUCCAUUCCUUGUCAUUGGUUCAAAUGGAAAUUCAAUUGCCUUGUUCCAAGCGUUGUUUGAUUAUGAGAUUUGCCAAAGUCAGUUCAUCAAUGAUUAUAACAAAUCUAUUUGCUCACAUUCGAAUCUGAUGUUAGUUUGAGUUACUUGCAAAAGUAAGUCACAUUUUAUUAAAUGAAUUAUGGUAGUUGUAUAAUUUUUUAUUUUUAUUUUUCAUUAUUCGUCAUACAACU